AUGAAGGCAAACUUAGUCAAUUUCAUGACAGUUCUGGCAGUUUUGGCCCAUCCGAUCUCAGCAAAAUACACAGAAUCUGUAGAUAUUACGUUAAGGAGGCGAUCUAUAGCUGUCGAGCCCCGAGCGGAUCCGGAUCCCAAGCCCAUUGACAAUACCACAAUUAUAAUUAAGUCAGAUAUCUAUCUGCCAGACGAAAAAUAUAGGGCCAAGGCGCAAGAAUAUAAAAAGAAAUGGUCUGAGCAGGGGCGUUCGAGGCCAGAUCUAACGAAGGAGGAAAUAUCAACAUUCCUACGCGAAGAGCCUAAAGGUCUUCAAGGGUUUCAAGGGUGUGAUGAUAGACAAAAGGGCAUAAUUAUCCAGACCUUUUUGAGCGUCCGAACGCUCUUUUUCGAGCCCCUUGUUAAGGAUUGGAAGGAUUACUCUAUAGACUGGACAACCGCCGCAGCGAUUGAGUUUUUUGGACCCGCAGGGGAAACACGCCCUUAUCGAGAUACUGUUAAAUGGAAUCUCGGCCAUACUGCUCGGUUCCUAGACCCUCAGAACCCGUUAGGACCUACAAAUGUAAGGUGCGACGACCCAGCUGGGACGUGUUACCGGAGGCUCGGCGUAAUAGCGUAUGUGCCUAGCAUCGAUGACAACCCUGAUUAUCACGGCCUCGACUUUAUAAACUUCUGCUUUCCGUUCUUUGAUAUGUACGAAAAUUUGCAAACGAUAGCCCAGCGGAUUGACAGUAUGGAUGAUCCCGCUCGGGAAUCUUUGAAUCUAGAGCAAUUUAUGUUCACUCGAGAGGCUGUAAUGAUCCAUGAAAUGAUGCACUCGCCUCCUAGAGCAUUUGCACACAGAGAUAUCUUGGAAGUGCGCCCUGAAAGAGAAUCGCUUCAAAUUCCUGACUUAACACUACGUAUACCUGGUCAGGAGCCGAAAGACUGGGGCCUGGUUUAUGGGUGCCAUACAGUGAGGGCCCUCGCUACUGGCUUCACAAAACCCCAUUGGCAUCCCGUCGAACCAUCGAGUACCGCAGAAACGUAUCCAUGCUACCUAAUCGCCGAAUGGGUCAAAGAACGAUGGGGGAGGUACCCGUAUCAGCCCUUACUUGCCCUGCCACUAGAAGGAAUAGAAAACUGGCCAUACGAGAAGGCUGAUAGCUUCCCCCGUUCAAAGUCAGACGGGGUAGAGUAUAACUUUACUGCAAAGAAAUUGGCGCUCGAGAAUUGCAAAGAGCUAGCUCAACCGGUCAAUAUAACAACAUCCUUCAACUCGUCCACGCCUGUGACGAAGACAUUCCGUCUAGGUAUCACAGAGGAGGAUUGUGCGAAUGCAAACUGGUAUUUUGACACAACUUCUAUGGAGAACAUGCAGGACGCAUCGAAGCUUUGA